AAACAUAAAUUUAUCAAAGAAGUCCAUACAGGUUCUUUAAUUGAUACACACACACAAUAGAUUUUCUCAAGUGUGCCAUCGCGAUGGCUGCUCCAGCAGCCUGUACGCGUUUUUCAGACAAUUACGACAUCAAAGAGGAGCUCGGAAAGGGUGCUUUUUCGAUAGUAAAACGAUGUGUCCAAAAGUCAACAGGAUUCGAAUUUGCGGCCAAGAUUAUAAAUACCAAGAAACUAACAGCAAGGGAUUUUCAAAAGCUGGAGCGCGAAGCCAGGAUCUGUCGGAAGUUACAUCACCCUAAUAUUGUUCGAUUGCAUGACAGCAUACAGGAGGAAAAUUACCAUUACCUUGUUUUUGAUCUUGUAACUGGUGGUGAACUUUUCGAAGAUAUUGUGGCACGAGAAUUUUAUUCAGAGGCUGAUGCAUCACAUUGUAUACAGCAAAUAUUGGAAUCGGUCAAUCACUGCCAUCAGAACGGUGUUGUCCAUCGGGAUCUCAAGCCAGAGAAUUUACUAUUAGCAAGUAAGGCAAAGGGUGCAGCUGUGAAACUCGCUGACUUUGGUCUAGCCAUUGAAGUGCAGGGUGAUCAUCAAGCAUGGUUUGGAUUUGCCGGCACUCCAGGGUAUCUAUCGCCAGAGGUAUUGAAGAAAGAGCCUUAUGGAAAAUCGGUAGAUAUUUGGGCAUGUGGCGUCAUACUCUACAUAUUAUUGGUCGGCUAUCCCCCUUUUUGGGACGAGGAUCAGCAUCGAUUAUAUUCGCAAAUAAAGGCAGGCGCUUACGAUUAUCCAUCACCCGAAUGGGACACUGUGACGCCUGAGGCUAAGAAUUUGAUUAACCAAAUGCUGACAGUAAACCCAAAUAAGCGAAUAACAGCAGCUGAAGCACUAAAACACCCAUGGAUUUGUCAAAGGGAACGUGUGGCUUCUGUGGUGCAUCGCCAGGAAACUGUGGACUGUCUCAAAAAAUUCAAUGCUCGCCGCAAGCUAAAGGGCGCUAUACUAACAACAAUGCUUGCAACCAGGAACUUCUCUAGCAGAAGCAUGAUUACUAAAAAGGGGGACGGAUCCCAAGUGAAGGAAUCAACAGAUUCGUCGAGCACAACUUUGGAGGAUGAUGAUAUUAAAGUGAUGGAGCUACUAACAUUGGAAUGAAAUUUCGGGACGGCAAGGAACGAAACCAUUUCAUUCCAUUCAUUACAAUUAGAACUGUCCA